AUGUCUAAGGAAGCCAUUUUCUUCUACCAGUUUGCAGUAGACUCUCAGGUGUUCUUCAAGUCCAAGUACACAUAUGCACUUGUCAAUCUUAAGCCAUUGGUGCCGGGCCAUGUCCUCGUUGUGCCUUUAAGAACUGGAGCCAUUCGCUUUGGUGACUUGACACCGCAAGAGUCAAUGGAUUAUAUGACGUCGUUGCAACUCAUCCAGGGUCUCAUUUCCAAGGUUUAUAAGGCCGAUUCUCUCAAUAUUGCCAUUCAAGAUGGACCUGAAUCUGGCCAAUCUGUGCCGCAUCUCCAUACUCACUUGAUUCCAAGGUAUAAGACCGAUAAGUACGACGACAGCAUCCACACGCAAUUGGAACUGAAGGAUUUAGCGGCGGAAUACGCAGAUUUCUUUGCAAGGAAGGAGAAGUUUCAGCAAUCGCUGAAAUGGACGUCUACUCCAGAUGACCAAAGGUAUCCUAGAACUAGCGAAGAGAUGGCCAAAGAGGCUGCGUGGUUAAAGGAAGAGUUGGCUAAGUAUGUGAACGAGAAGAAUUAG